AGUUUUACAAAGUAGCGUGCUCCUUUCAACAUGGCGGAUAUUGACUUUUAUGGUGGAAUAGGAGACGAUAACGGCGAAGAAGGGUUUGGUCUUGAUGAUGAUUUGGAUGGGGAGGAUAAUUACAACACAGAUGAUAAACUUUCACCUCUACAAAAAUUGGAGAAAUACAUGCAAAGUGACAAUGUCUACACAAGGCAAAUGGUUGCUCGUGGUAUGUUGGAUACAAUCCGAGCUGUUGAAGAUGAGGAAGAAGAUUGCACACCUGUUUUGGAAGCCAUGGUGAAAUUAUCAGAAGAUUCAGAUCCAAUUGUUCGGUCAGAGUUGAUGGAACAGAUACCACAUUUAGCAAUGUACUGUCAGGAAAAUAAAGAUUUGUUUCCAAACUCUGUAUCUUUGUACAUUUUGCCGAUGGUGGUGCGAUAUUUAAAUGACAGAAACAAUCAGGUCAGAAAAACUAGUCAGGCAGCAUUACUUGUACUUCUUGAACAAGAAUUAAUAAGUAAAGCUGAUAUAGAAGAACAAGUAGUGAGUGUGAUCAUAGAUCUAGCCAGUCCAGAUAGUAUGGAUGAUUACAGAACAGAAGCUGUAGCAUUGAUGAGUAAAAUGUCCCAGUUGUUAGGAAGAGACAUGACAGAAAGAUUAUUCCUUUCGAGAUUCUGUGAGAUGUGUACAGACCCUUUAUUUCAUGUUAGAAAGGUGUGUGCUGCUAACUUUGGAGACUUCUGUACAGUAGUAGGACAAGACAAUACAGAAAGAGAAUUGUUGCCAAAAUUUUAUUACUUGUGUGAAGAUGGAGUUUGGGGAGUGAGGAAAGCAUGUGCAGAAUGUUUUAUGGCAGUUUCCUGUUCGUGUUCACUAGAAGUUAGACGGGGAGAGUUGUCUAACUUAUUUGUUAAUCUUUUAUGUGAUUUAUCAAGAUGGGUGAGAAUGGCAGCAUUUCAACAGUUGGGGCCAUUCAUUUCAACCUUUGCUGAUUCUGAACUGACUGGUCUGUUUGUAAAUGAAGAAGGUGUACUGAUAGUGAAGAAUCCAGAGAGUUUAGAAAUUUUAAGAGAUUUAGAAGAACGAAUACGAGAAAAAGAAGAAUUUGUUGAAGAUGUUAGAAUGUUUGAAAGAGAAAAACAAAAAGCUCAAGAAGGCUUAUGUGAUUCAAUGGAUAAUUUGGAAAUAAUGGACAUAUCAGAUAGUAACAAUCCUAAUGAUGUUCUUGUUUCUUCGGAUGACAGUCUGUCAGCUGAAGAAAAAAGAGCUCAUAAUUACGAAAAUUCUAGUUCUGAACAUACAAACAAAAUAGAACAAAAUUCAGAUUCUAGCAUAUCAAAUGACAGUUCAGUAGCUCAAUGUGAUAAUACAACAGACCAAGAAAAUACCUGUGAUAUUAAAGAGCCUGUAUCAGACUCUCCAGUAUGUGCCAGUAGUAGUGAUCUUUCAAAUAAUAAUAUAGAAAGAAAUAGUGUAGAUAGUGAUAGUAGUAGCCAAUUGAUAUGUGAUACAAGUAAACCAACUGGGCAAGAUAGCCAACAAGAGGAAGACUUUAACUCAUUUGUUUAUUGGAGGGCACCCUUGCCUGAGAUAGAUGUGACUCUUUCUGAGGAACACAAAUCUGAUGAAAAUCAACUUAGUGUUUAUGCUAGGGGAUUUGAUACUAUCACAGCAGGAAAGUCCGAUGUAGUCUCUUUAGAGGAUAUAGCCUUGAAUGAUGUUGAAAAGAAUAAUGUCAAAAAUUUAAAUUCUGACAACGAAGUGCUUGAUGAAGGCCAGCAAAUAAUGACUGCUAAUGUUUGUACUUUGAAUGAAGUUUCAGAAACUGUUGACAAUAUUGGUACCACACAUGUCAUUGGAGAUCAACUGAAGGAAUUAUCCCUUCAGAAUGAAAACAAUGUACAUGGUUUGUAUUAUGAUGAUAUCCUUGGCUAUAUUGACAGUGAUCUAUUGCUGUCUUUAAUGCCUCUUGCAGAUUUAAGUGGUACCAGCCUGGAGUUUAUCGAUGCCGAAAGUCCAGAACAUAUCGAUGAGGCUGCAUUAGCUCAACAGCAGGACAUUGUACCUCAGAGUUUAUUAGAAAGCUACUUAGGAAUGGCAGAUCCAUCCAGAGCACAGACUGUAGAUACAGAAAUUACCCGACAUUGUGCAUACAAUCUUCCAGCUGUAGCAUACACUUUAGGAAGGAAAAAUUGGAACUGUAUUAAACUGUUGUAUGAAACAUUGGCAUCAGAUAUGCAGUGGAAGGUUAGAAGAACACUAGCAUUUUCUAUCCAUGAAAUGGCGAUUAUUCUUGGUUCAGAAAUUACACAUCAUGAUUUGGUACCGGUAUUUGAUGGAUUUCUGAAAGAUUUAGAUGAAGUCAGGAUAGGAGUUUUAAGGCACUUUUCUGAUUUUCUAAGGCUGCUGACACAAGAAACGAGGAAACAGUACUUGGGUAAAAUGGAUAGUUUCAUGAGCCUCGACAAUCAUAAAAAUUGGAGAUUUAGAUUUGAAUUGGCAGAGCAGUUGAUUUCUAUCACAGAAUUGUUCAGUGCAACAGAAGUUAGUCAAUAUGUUCUGCCUUUAGGGUUAGCUUUAUGUGAAGACAGGGUGUCAGAAGUCCGCAGAAUGGCAUUCAAUUUGAUGAGUGUUAUAAUGAGAAAAUUGUCAACAGAUGAUGAUGAUAAACUUAUGGAAGGAUUACUGAACCAGUUAGUUAAUUUGUUUGCCAAGAGCAAUAAAUGGUUGGGCAGACAAAUAUUUGCUCAGCUGACACAAGCCAUUAUAGAUUAUAAUGCAGUUCCACUUGAUAGACUUGUAACCAUAAUACUCCCUGGAUUGUUUGCAUUGAGUACAGAUAGUGUGCCAAAUGUCAGGAUAUCUGUUGCUAAAGCAUUAUCCCAGUCAUUAAUGAAUAAAGCUUUCUUCUUUACUGAAAAGAAUCCAUGUUGUGAAGAAUUGAAAAAGGUCAUAGAACAAUUACAAAAUGACCAAGACCGUGAUGUUCGAUAUUUCUCUAGUCCAGUGUCGGAGACCACAUAUGAAGAGGAAGACCAAGAAGAACAAGAUCCUCUGUCUGAGGAAGACAAGGCCAAGAAUAAAUAUAUGUCUGUGUAGGGGAACUAAAGUAGGUUACCACUGAGACAUAGGAAGAUUAAUUGAAGUGCUCAGGGACUGGAGUUUGUUAUGCAAUAACCUUUCCAUGAAAGGAGCAAUUCAAGAGUGAUCAAAACUUAUUUGUUGAAACAAAAAUACUGAAUCAUGAAAUGUUUUAUAAUGACUAUAAUAUUUAUUAACAGAGGAUUUUAUUUAUUGAAUUGUUUUAUUUUUAGGGAGAUCUGUUAUGAAAGCUGUGAUUUUAUGAUAUGGUAUUUCUUUUUAUAUGCAGAUUUUUUGUUAUGUGAUAUUUUAUCUGCCAUAAUUCUGUGAUGAUCACAGUUUUUCCAAUAUAUUGUUAUUUAAAUGAUAUUUCCAUCGGACAUGUCAUUGUUGAUCCAGAUCAUGUAAUACUAAAAGUACACUUGUAUCCUUAUGAUUUAUACAGAGGGCGAAAUAUUUUAAAAUAAGAUCGAAGUUUUGUAAGUGCUAAGAAAUGUAUCUUGCCAAGUUCUGUGAUCUAGUUAGAUGGUAGAAAGUGAAAUAUUAAUAUUAUAAAGAAGAUUUCUUCAAUAGUUUGUAGUUUGGACAUUAUAAAAAUAACUUGUUAAUCAAGGAUUGGGAAAGGGAGGUGGUUAAAAUGAAUUGGUUAAAUACUACAAUUUAUUUUAAAAAAAAGUUGAGAAAGUUUUUGUUCAGUUUUAUUGUUUGUGAUCAAAAGCUUAUAACACUUGUGUGUUGUCUACUCACAUGUUAAAAUAUGCACUUGUGUAUAUGCUUGUUUAUGAAUGGAUAAAAUAACAACCAGUAAAUCCAUGGAAAUUCAGUACAUUUCCAUAUAGGGGGGUAGUUCGAACACUGCAUCAUAAUAUUAAAGAUUUAGAAAUGAGAUGUUUCAUAAUAUGAAAAGUGUUUGCUCCCUUUGAUUGGAUUUUAAUUGACCCUAUGGUUAUUUCUUUCCUUUUUUAUAGUGUUGUAAAAAAUGGUCUUUAUUCAAUUACAGCUUUUCUAUCUGAAUGGAUUAUCAAUUGAAAGUUGAUAUAUAGAAAUAAUGUAAUCUUUUAAUUGGUCCUGUCUUAUUCUUACAUGAAGAUGUCCUAUUUUAAAUGUUAAUCAUGCUAUUGAAAUUUUAAGACUUGCAUGGCUCGUUCAUGUACAAACGUAGAAUAAAACAAUUAAUGUCUGAAUAAAUUUAAGAAAAUUUUAUGGAAUUUUUUCUUCAUUUUGUUUUAAUGAAUACAUCAUACAUGUAGCUUAUUUUUAUAUUACUCACUUGAAAUUAUUUUUCUCUUGAAUGGAGUCGAUAAGCAUUAAGAUACUAGUAUAAUUUCCUUUUAUGUGAACAUUUUAAUAUUAAAUUGGAUAGUAUUUUAAGCAUGACAAAUAUAAAUUUGAACAAAAAAGGAAUAAACGUUCUAUUACAGUAUGUGUUGGGAAAUAUCUAUAAUGAUUAUGUGAUAUUCAUAAGUUCAAACAUGACAAAUAAUUUAUUGUUUCUUCUUUGUAAUCUACAUUUAAAACUUGCUGUCAUAAGUUUUAUAUAGAAGCUCGAGUCCAAACUGCCAUAUGCAUAUGCUAUUGCAUAACACAUGAAAUCCUCACAAAUUUUGUGCAAUUUUUUUGUAUCUUUUGAUUAUCUUCAUUAAGUUUAAGAAAAUUUCAGCUUUCAUUCAUGAGUAGUACAAUUCCUUGUGAGGUUUCAAUGUAAGUUUCUAAUGUCAGAAACAAUAUAUUUCUGAUGUGCAGUGAAUAGUCUUAAUUCCAAUGUUACUAAAUGGGCAAACAAUAUUUUUGUCAUACAACAUUUUGAAGAUAUUUAUUUAAAGAUGAUAUUUUUUACUAGCACACAUGAAAAGGCAGGGUAGUAAAACGAUUAUUUAAAUUAGGACCAAUUGUUAUGCAGUUUGUAUUUAUAUUGAAACAAAUUAUUUGAAAUAAAAGAAAUGAAAAUGAAUACAAA